UGCGACGUCCGGGAGCCGUUUCGAUGUUAGAAACGUUUGAAACUUUUGUAUUCUUUUUUUUAGUGUUGAAACGUUGGCAUUGUGACCGCAUGUAAGGUCACGUAAAGUGUGGCAUUCACCUUAUAAAGUAUGUCUGAGAGUGAGAAGUUAGAUUCAGGAGAUGAGCCGUCUUCUCCUACCGAGGACAUCCUGGAGGUUGGAGAGAAGGAGCUCACUAAGCCUCCCUCCCCCAAGCCCGAUAAUGAGGCUCUUAGCCCACCUCUCAUUAGCAUACAGAAGGAAACAGGAAGCAAAGGGCACCGGCGAUUGGGCGCCGCCAAGCAACAGAACGCUGGACAAUCUUCGUCAUCCUCCGUGUCCCCGCCCAUAACGGUCACCCCGACACCAGGAAAAAAGACGACUGUCCUGUCAAACGAGACCAGGAAAGAGAUGGUGAAGCAGGCUAAAGCCACCAAGGAUGAGCGCAGGACUCAGCUCGACGCCCGCCACCGGUACCUCAUAUCGCUGCUGUCACAUGGCAUCGGCCUGACCGAGGCGGAUGUGGAGGAGUUCAUUGUGUCAGAUGAUAAGUUUGGUGCUAUUGAGGACUUCUUUGCAGCGAAUGGAACCAAGAGGAUGACCUUCUUCUAUCAGGAAAUCAGCCAGAGAAAUUCAAGAAAGCAGAGCGUUCCUUCAUGGGUGGAGAGCUCCAGCUCAUCUCCGAAUCAGAAGAAGUUGUUCAUUUCCACCGGUGGUGAUGAGGAACUAACUGGACUUUGCGCCUUUUUUCUGAGGACGACGGAGAAAAGCAUAACACCUCAGAAUAUACUACAGGAGGUCUACUUUGGAAUCCUCAACUGUUCCGGGGGAUCUUUGCUUCACAGCAUGGAGGAAUUUCUGUCUCACAUCAUGGUUCCUGCUUUGAAAUCGCAAGAGAACUGGGGAGCUGUGAAAGAAGGGCCGAAAAACAUGCAGAUCCAGGAGUUCUUCAGCUCUGUGGAGAAGUUUACAGGCAGCUUGGCUUCUGCAAGGGAGAACAUUGAAGAAAAAUUUCAGCUUCAGACUUACGACACGGGGUACAAUCUUGAAAAUCUGCAGAACCCUUCUGAUUACAUGGCAGCAGCCAGUAAUAGUGAAAUGGUGGAUAAGCUAGAGGGGUUACUAUUGCAAUGGGCAAAGCAAAUCGAGCAAGUCCUGACAGAGAGCGAACAAAUGAGGAAAGAAGCAGAUGACAUCGGGCCAUCAGCCGAGCUUGAACACUGGAAGAAAAGAAUGGCGACUUUUAACAGUCUUCUAGAUGAAAUCAAAAGCCCUCAUGUGAAAAAAGUAGUGGGGGUCCUGCAGGUGGCAAAAUCGCGCACCCUGAAACACUGGAAACAACUGGACAUCAGCAUUACAAGCACUGCAAAUGAAGCCAAGGACAACGUCAAGUAUCUUUACACCUUGGACAGAUUCUUUGGGCCUCUUGGGAAAUGUACACCUACCUCGAUGUUGGAGCACAUUCCGAGUCUUAUCAACAGCAUUCGGAUGAUCUACAGCAUAUCCCAGUACUACAACACUUCAGAGCGCAUGACCUCUCUCUUUGUAAAAAUCACCAACCAGAUGAUCAGUACCUGCAAAGCGUAUCUCUACCAAGGGGUCAACAAAAUAUGGGAACAUGACAGAAAUGAACUGCUCAAGAGGAUUCAGGAUUGCACCCAACUGAACAAGGAAUACCAAGAGACGUUCCAUCGGGUGAAAGAAAAGCUGAGAGAAAGUCAGAACGAGCGACAAUUUGAAUUCAGUGAAAACUACAUUUUUGGGAAAUUCGACACUUUCUGCAAGCGCCUGGAGAAGAUUGCAUACAUGAUUAAUACCAUCGAGAACCUUUCAGACCUGCAAAACGUCAAGCUGGAAGGAAUCGAGAAGAUCUGCAUUCGAUACCAGACUAUUGUGACCACCACAAAGUCCAAGAACUAUGACGUGCUGGACCUCCGAAAGCAAGAGUUUGACAACGAUUACACUGAAUUUCAAUACCAGAUUCAAAGCCUGUAUCAGUCACUGCAGUCGUAUGUGGAUUCCUGGUUUGAGCAGCCAUUAACGACGGAGAGAAUGCUUGAGCUCCUUGCAAAGUUUGAAAGGAUUGCCGGAGAUCAGCUCGAUCUAACUGAGAAAUACCUCAUGGUGCUGCAGCGCUACGGCCGGGAUCUGGAGCUUGUUCGCAAAUUGUACCAGAAGCAGAAGGACAACCCACCGACCCCCCGCAACAUCCCUCCGGUUGCUGGAAAGAUAAUGUGGGCCAGACAGCUGUUUAGAAAGAUUGAUGGUCCGAUGAAGAUUUUAAAACACAAACCUGACAUUUUGAAGGUUGCAGAAAUGAAGAAGAUCAUUCGAAACUACAAUAAAGUGGCUGCCGUCUUGCUGGAGUUUGAGCUCCUCUAUCACCGUGGCUGGUGCCAGGCUGUGGAGCUCGGGCGCCAGGGCCUUAAUGUCUCUCUACUUGUCAGGCAUCAUGAGACUCGGGAACUCUUUGUUAAUUUUGACCCAAUUAUUCUUCGUGUGCUCUAUGAAGCCAAGUACUUGUACAAAAUGGGCCUUGAGGUGCCCGAGUUGGUGGUCAGCAUGUGCUCACAUGAAGAGAAAAUCAAAGACCUGCACAUCAAACUGCAGGAGAUGCUCCACCACUACCAAAGCGUGCUGAAUCAAAUCCCGAGUAUGAUUCACCCCCUGAUGCAGCCCUUUGUGGCCCAAGUGGAAGAAGCGCUUUCUCCAGGCCUCACCAUGUUGUCAUGGAGCUCACUAAACACGGACAAAUUCAUCGAAAAUGUGUACAGCUGUGUGCAGGAACUGGAGCAGAUAGUAAAAGAAGCGAGUGACAUCCUGGAGUGUCGAAUUGAGAACGUCUUCCAAGCAAUGUCCUCGACUGUCUUGCUGGAUCUGCCUGAAGAUGAGCCCAUGGAAGUGCACGCUUUUUAUGAAAUGACAGAGAAGGUGGUGGCUUUGGCAGCGGAAACACUCGCUAUACAAAGUCAACAGGUGGAGAGAUCCAAACUUGAGAUGAUUAACAAUCUAAAAAACAGAAUGAAACCCGACGACAAGGUUAACCUGCAGGACUCUUAUCAGUGCCUGCACCCUGACACCAAACAGAAGACCCGCUGUCAGGAGUGUCUGCCCUGCUGUUUUUACAACAUGAUGGGGCAGCUCUGUCAGAAGAACACAGAUGCUUUCGUUAAAUCCACCAAACUCUCCCUGGAUGCCCUGAAGCGUCGCCUUCAUGUCAUCAGUUCGAAGUACCUGGCAGCCUCCCCAUCCAUGAAGAUGUCCAGCCAGCCUCCUCUCUUCCAAGCUUCAAUUCAGCUGGUGAUCCCCAAUGUCGUCAUGCGACCGAGUCUGGAGGAAAUUCAGAAUACAAUUAAUAAGGCCGUUGUCACUAUGUUGACCAUGGCAAAGAACAUUCCACUGUGGACGUUUGCCCAUUUGCAUCAUAAACAGCUCCAGAUCGAGCAGAAUGCAGCACGAGAUCUGGGGGAUGACAGCAAACUGACUAAGCAGAUUGUGUUGAAGACCCUCGAUAAACAGCUGAGUGAGCACAAAGACAUCAGUAAAGUUGUCAUCCAGCUCAACUCCAUCGUCUCCUCACUCAAAGCCGAUGCUGUUGACGUCUUGGACAACUUCUCCCAGUUCUCCAGUUUGUGGAAUCAGGAACCAAAUGACAAGGUGAAGGAGUUUGUGCAGACCAACCCGUCCCUGUCUGAGUUCAGCGCCCACAUUUCCUCCUACACGAAACUGGAGACUCAGAUCAACGACCUGCCUCCAUUUUACACUCUUGGGUCCGUGCAACUUCAGACGGAGCCACUGAAGUUGGCGCUGACCCAGGAGUGCCGCCACUGGAAGAGAGCUUUUGGGGUCUCCUUGAACAAGAAGGCCUCCAGCGACAUGGAAGAGAUCUACACCUUCAUUGACGCACUCAGUAAAAGGCUCCACCGGCCCAUCAAAGACCUUGAGGAUGUCCGUGAUGCCAUGGCUGCCUUGAGGGAAAUUCGAGAUGCUGAGAUUCGAAUUGACAUGACCAUCACUCCUGUUGAAGAGUCCUACUCACUGCUCAACAAGCACGAGCUGCUGUUUCAAGAUGGCAACACGGAGAGGGUGGACGGCUUAGCUUACGCCUGGAAGAACCUCAAUGCUCAGGUUUUGCAAACUCAGAAUUUUCUAGUCAAAAUCCAGCCUUCCAUGAAAGCCGACCUGCUUGUUGGGGUUCAGAGUUUCCAGACCGAAGUCCAGUCCUUUUAUACUGGUUACGAUCAAAGAGGUCCAGGUGUAGAAGGCAUACAUCCUAGGGAAGCCAAUGACCGGCUACAAAUCUUUCAAACUCAGUUUGAUGAACUUUGGAGAAAAUAUGUCACUUAUUCUGGUGGAGAAGAACUCUUUGGCCUUCCUGUUAAAGAAUACUCAGACCUCCAGCGGAUUAAGCGGGAGCUCGCCCUGCUGCAGAAACUUUACAGCCUUUACAAUUCAGUUAUUGAAAGUGUUAAUGGAUACUACGACAUACUGUGGAGUGAUCUGGAAAUUGACAAAAUCAACAAUGAACUUACAGAUUUUCAAAAUCGAAUACGCAAACUUCCCAAGGCACUGAAGGAAUGGCAAGCAUUUAACGACCUUAAAAAGACGAUCGAUGAUUUCAGUGAGACCUGUCCUCUCCUGGAGAUGAUGGCAAACAAGGCGAUGAUGUCAAGGCACUGGGAACGAAUUUCCCAAUUCACCGGCUAUGUCUUUGAUGUGGAGUCUGAACACUUUGCCCUAAGGAACAUCAUGGAGGCACCCCUGUUAAAGUAUAAGGAGGACAUUGAGGAUAUCUGCAUCAGUGCUGUUAAGGAGAAAGACAUCGAGGCCAAGCUAAAGGGCGUCAUCAACGAGUGGAGCGCCCACGUGUUUACUUUCGCACAGUUUAAAACGAGAGGGGAGUUACUUCUGAAAGGAUCUGACACAAGCGAAAAGGUCUCCUUGAUGGAGGACAGCCUGAUGAUUCUGGCAUCCCUCAUGAGUAACAGGUAUAAUGCACCCUUUAAACCCACAAUUCAGCAGUGGGUCCAAAAGCUCUCUAACACCACGGAGAUUAUCGAGAACUGGCUGACUGUCCAGAACCUCUGGAUCUAUCUGGAAGCCGUGUUUGUCGGAGGGGACAUUGCAAAACAGCUUCCGCAGGAAGCCAAAAGAUUCCAGAACAUCGACAAAUCCUGGCAAAAAAUAAUGCAGCGAGCCCACGAGAUCCCAAACAUCGUUCAUUGCUGUGUGGGCGAUGAAACUCUUGCUCAGCUCCUGCCUCACUUGCUGGAACAACUGGAGAUGUGUCAGAAAUCGCUGACCGGCUACCUGGAGAAGAAGAGGCUCGUCUUCCCGAGGUUCUUCUUUGUGUCAGAUCCUGCUCUCUUGGAAAUUCUUGGUCAGGCGUCUGACUCCCAUACCAUCCAGGCACACCUGCUGAGUCUUUUUGAUAACGUGAAUCGAGUGGGAUUUCACGACAAGAACUAUGACCAAAUUCUCAACUUUCAAUCCCAGGAAGGCGAGAUUGUCGACCUCAUAGAACCCAUAAUGGCACAGGGGAAUGUGGAAGCCUGGCUGGGCCUUCUCCUGGAUGGAGUCAAAAAAACGAUCCACAGUAUCAUCAAGCAGGCCUACUUGGCCAUCAGUGACCCUGGAAUGAAGCUCUAUGAAUUCCAGGCCAUGUUUCCUGCUCAGAUUGGCCUGCUGGGCAUUCAGAUGAUUUGGACCAGAGACUCGGAGGAGGCGCUCAUGAAUGCCAAGGUUGAUAAAAAGGUGAUGCAGACCACCAAUCAGAAAUUCUUGGACAUUCUCAACGAUUUGAUUGACAUGACAACCCAAGAUCUGACAAAAAUGGACCGGACAAAAUAUGAAACUCUCAUCACUAUUCAUGUGCACCAGAAGGACAUAUUUGAUGAUCUGGUUCGAAUGAACAUCAGAUCCACGUCAGAUUUUGAAUGGCAGAAGCAGUCCCGAUUUUACUUCAUCGAAGAUCUCGAUAAAUGUGCCAUUCAGAUCACUGAUGUUGAGUUCACCUACUGUAAUGAGUAUCUCGGCUGCACUGACAGACUGGUUAUAACUCCGUUAACUGACAGGUGUUACAUCACAUUGGCCCAGGCCCUCGGGAUGAGUAUGGGCGGAGCUCCAGCAGGACCAGCCGGGACUGGCAAGACAGAAACAACCAAAGACAUGGGGAGAUGCCUGGGAAAGUAUGUGGUCGUGUUCAACUGCUCCGAUCAGAUGGAUUACCGGGGGCUCGGCCGCAUUUACAAAGGUCUGGCACAGGCUGGCGCUUGGGGUUGCUUUGAUGAGUUCAAUCGCAUCGAGCUCCCCGUGCUGUCGGUGGCCGCUCAGCAGAUCUACAUUGUGCUGCAAUGCAAGAAGAACAAGAAGUCGCAGUUCAUCUUCACUGACGGAGAUGUGGUGGACAUGGACAGAGAGUUUGGAAUUUUCCUCACAAUGAAUCCAGGAUAUGCCGGUCGCCAGGAACUCCCAGAAAACCUGAAGAUUCAGUUCCGCACUGUUGCCAUGAUGGUGCCCGACCGAGCCAUUAUUAUGAGGGUAAAGCUGGCCAGCGCUGGAUUCCGUGACAAUCUGAUUCUCAGUCGGAAGUUCUACACCUUGUACAAACUCUGUGAGGAGCAGCUCUCAAAGCAGGUCCACUAUGACUUCGGAUUACGAAACAUUCUUUCCGUGUUGAGAACACUUGGCGCGGUGAAGCGAGGAAACCCUACAGAGCCAGAGAAGACAGUGGUCAUGCGAGUCCUCCGAGAUAUGAACCUCUCCAAGCUGGUGGAUGAGGACGAGCCCUUGUUCAUGAGCCUUAUUAACGACCUCUUCCCUGGGAUAACCCUGGACAAAGCCGGGUAUCCGGAACUGGAGGCCGCCAUACAGAAGCAAACAGAAGAGGCAGGCCUCAUUCACCACCCACCCUGGAUCCUCAAGCUCAUUCAGUUGUACGAGACGCAGCGAGUCCGACACGGCAUGAUGACGCUGGGACCCAGUGGUGCGGGCAAGUCAAGAUGUAUCCACACACUGAUGAAGGCAAUGACUGACUGCGGAUCACCACACAAGGAGAUGAGGAUGAACCCCAAGGCCAUCACAGCUUCUCAGAUGUUUGGGACACUUGACGUGGCGACAAAUGACUGGACUGAUGGCAUCUUCUCAACUUUGUGGAGGAAAACUCUGAAGGCGAAAAAGGGUGACCACAUCUGGAUAGUCCUGGAUGGGCCAGUGGAUGCCAUUUGGAUUGAAAAUCUGAACUCUGUCCUAGAUGACAACAAGACGCUUACCUUAGCUAAUGGUGACCGAAUCCCCAUGGCACCCAACUGUAAAAUCGUCUUUGAGCCUCAUAACAUCGAUAACGCCUCCCCAGCCACAGUUUCACGGAACGGGAUGGUGUUUAUGAGUUCUUCGGUGUUAGACUGGAGGCCGAUCUUGAAAGCCUGGCUGCAGAAACUGCCAAACGCUCAGUCGGAAAUUCUCUGGAACAACUUUAACAACGUCUUCCAGGAUUUAUUUAACUUUGUCUCCACUGCAGUGACCCCCAAAAUGCAGAUCCUAGAAUGCAUGUACAUCAAGCAAGCCAUCGAGCUUCUACAGGGUUUGUUGCCAGCAGCUGAAGAGAAACAACCCUCUGCAGAACACGUGGGAAGACUCUUUAUUUUUGCGAUCAUGUGGUCCAUCGGAGCCCUUCUGGAAUUAGAAGACAGAGCUAAAAUGGAGAAUUUUCUCAGAAGCCAUACUGCCAAGCUGGAGUUGCCCGUGACCACAGGCGAACAGACCAUCUUUGAGUUUGUGGUGAACGAGAGCGGCCAGUGGGACCACUGGUCUAAGAAGGUUCCAGAGUACAUCUAUCCCAAAGAUUCUAUUCCAGAGUACGCCUCCAUUCUGGUGCCCAAUGUUGACAAUGUCCGCACUGACUUCCUAAUGCACACGAUAAUGAAGCAGGGUAAAGCCGUACUGCUUAUUGGUGAGCAGGGCACAGCAAAGACUGUGAUGAUUAAGGGCUACAUGAGUAAAUACGAUCCUGAAGUCCAUUUGACUAAAAGCCUUAACUUCUCUUCUGCCACCUUGCCCAACAUGUUCCAGAGAAGCGUCGAGAGUUACAUCGACAAAAGAAUGGGAACAACUUACGGUCCUCCCGCCGGGAAGAAAAUGACCGUGUUUGUGGAUGACAUCAACAUGCCGGUGAUCAACGAAUGGGGAGAUCAGAUAACCAACGAAAUCGUCCGGCAGCUGAUGGAGCAGAAAGGCUUUUACAACCUGGACAAGCCUGGUGAGUUCACCGGCAUCGUGGACAUCCAGUUUGCCGCUGCCAUGAUUCACCCUGGCGGCGGUAGAAACGACAUCCCCCAGCGGCUGAAGCGUCAGUUUACCGUCUACAACUGCACGUUGCCAUCCAACUCCUCCAUCGACAAGAUCUUCAGCACCAUCGCCGAAGGCUACUUUUGUGAGCAGCGUGGAUUUCCUAAGGAGGUGUGCAACUUGGCUGCUGCUCUGGUCCCGUCUACUCGCAGAAUAUGGCAGGCAACCAAAAUAAAGAUGCUGCCAACGCCAGCCAAAUUCCACUACAUCUUUAACUUGCGAGACCUGAGUCGGAUCUGGCAAGGCAUCCUCAAAGUCACUUCAGAAGUCUGCCAGACUACGGAUGUGUUGGUUGCUCUUUUCCUUCACGAGUGUUCACGGGUGAUCGCCGACAGGUUCACCAAUCACAAGGACAAGGAGUGGUUCGAGCAGUGCAUGCAGAAGAUAUCAGUAGAAGACCAUGGGCCAAACAUCAUAGACACGGCUCCAAAGGAGGCGUAUUUUGUCGAUUUCUUACGAGAUGCUCCCGAAGCCACCGGAGAUGAACCAGAGGAUGCUGAGCUGGAGGCUCCCAAGAUCUACGAGCCCAUUCCGACUUUCGAGAAGCUGUCGGAACGUCUGGUGAUGUUCAUGCAGCAGUACAAUGAGGCCAUCAGAGGAGCGCACAUGGACCUUGUGUGCUUUAAGGACGCCAUGGUCCAUUUGGUGAAGAUCUCUCGUGUCAUCCGCACCCCACAAGGAAACGCUCUGCUGGUCGGAGUCGGUGGGUCUGGAAAGCAAAGUUUGACCAGACUGGCCUCAUUCAUUGCUGGAUAUCAGAGUUUCCAAAUCACUCUCACGCGAACUUACAACACUGGCAAUCUCAUGGAUGAUCUUAAGCAGCUCUAUCGGACAGCAGGACAGAAAGGCAAAGGCAUCACUUUCAUAUUCACGGACAAUGAAAUUAAAGACGAGUCUUUCCUGGAGUAUAUGAACAACGUGCUGGCCUCCGGCGAGGUGUCCAACCUGUUUGCCCGUGACGAGGUGGACGAGAUCACUCAAGACCUUAUCGCAGUAAUGAAGAAGGAAUAUCCUCGACGAGUCCCCACACCAGAGAACCUAUACGACUAUUUUCUGUCACGGGUUCGCAGUAAUCUCCACGUUGUCCUCUGUUUCUCACCUGUGGGAGAGAAGUUUCGCACCCGUGCUCUGAAGUUCCCUGGGCUCAUUUCCGGUUGCACCAUGGACUGGUUUCAGCGAUGGCCUAAGGAUGCUCUGGUGGCUGUGGCCCAACACUUUCUGAGCUCUUAUAAAAUCGAGUGUUCAGACGAAGUGAAGCAAAAUGUGGUGAACACUAUGGGAACCUUCCAGGAUCUGGUGGCGGAAAAGUGCGUGGAGUACUUUGAACGGUACCGCCGUCAGACGUACGUGACGCCCAAGUCAUACCUGUCCUUCAUAGGUGGCUACAAAAUCAUCUACAGUGAGAAGAUUGCUUAUGUGGGGAUGCUCGCCGAACGCAUGAGGACAGGUCUGGCCAAGCUAAUGGAGGCUGAAGUAUCUGUGAAUCAGCUCUCCAAGGAGCUGGCGGUGAAGGAGGCCGACCUUGCCGUUGCAUCCAAAAAAGCGGAUGGGGUCCUGCAGGAGGUGACGGUGAAAGCCCAAGCAGCAGAGGCUGUAAAAGCACAGGUGCAGAAAGUGAAGGACAAAGCCCAGGCCAUCGUGGAUGAGAUCGAGGCAGAUAAGGCCGUGGCAGAGGAGAAGCUGGAGGCAGCAAGGCCGGCGUUGGAGGAGGCAGAGGCGGCCCUGCAGGAUUCUAUUACAGAGGAAGUCGUGGAACUGCUCACCCCCUACCUGGACAUGGAGGAUUACAACUUAGAAACUGCGAAGAAAGUCUGCGGCAAUGUGGCGGGUCUCUGCUCAUGGACUCAAGCAAUGGCGUACUUCUUUGGGAUUAACAAAGAAGUCCUCCCUCUUAAGGCAAACCUGAAGCUGCAGGAGGCGAGGCUUACGGUAGCCCAGACAGAGCUUAGCAAUGCCCAGAUGCAGCUGGACGAGAAGCAGAAAGAGCUGGAUGAGGUGCAAGCCAUGUACAACGCCGCCAUGAGUGAAAAGCAGACCCUCCUGGACGACGCCGAAGCCUGCCGCAAGAAGAUGAGCAACGCCACUGCUCUCAUCGAAGGUCUCGGCGGGGGAGAAGGUGAGUCAGUUCGAUGGACACAAAGUAGUAAGCUUUUCCAGAGUCAGAUCAAUCGCUUGGUGGGUGAUGUUCUUCUGGCCACCGGAUUCCUUUCCUAUUCUGGGCCUUUCAAUCAGGAGUACAGAAAUCUUCUGCUGAAACUUUGGAAGAAGGAGAUGAGCACCAACAGGAUCCCCUAUAGUGAUGACCUCAAUCUCAUUAACAUGCUGGUGGACAAUGCGACCAUUGGGGAGUGGAAUCUGCAGGGUCUUCCCAGCGAUGACCUCUCCAUUCAGAACGGCAUCAUUGUGACCAAAGCAUCUCGGUAUCCACUGCUGAUUGAUCCUCAGGGUCAGGGCAAGAUCUGGAUUAAAAACAGGGAGAAGAACAACGACCUGCAGGUGACGUCUUUGAAUCAUAAAUACUUCAGAUCCCACCUGGAGGACAGUCUGUCUCUUGGGAGACCCCUGCUCAUUGAGGAUGUCGGAGAAGAACUCGAUCCUGCUCUCGAUAACGUCUUGGAAAAGAACUUCAUUAAAUCGGGAUCUACUUUCAAGGUAAAAGUUGGUGAUAAAGAAAUUGACGUCAUGAAAGGCUUCACACUCUACGUCACCACCAAGUUGGCCAACCCUGCCUACACCCCAGAGAUCAGUGCCAAGACGGCGGUCAUUGACUUCACAGUGACAAUGAAAGGCCUUGAGGACCAACUGCUUGGCCGGGUGAUUCAAACUGAGAAGCAGGAACUGGAAGCGGACAGAGUGAAACUUCUAGAAGAAGUAACCUUAAACAAACGGAAGAUGCAGGAGCUGGAAGACAACCUCUUGUACCGCCUCACGAGCACCCAGGGCUCGUUAGUAGACGACGAUUCGCUGAUUGAAGUUCUGCGCAUCACGAAAUCCACGGCUGAAGAGGUCAGUGAAAAGUUAAAUGUAGCUGCAGAAACAGAAAUCAAGAUCAACAGCGCCAGAGAAGAGUACCGUCCCGUAGCAACCCGAGGCAGCAUUCUCUACUUCCUGAUUGUGGAAAUGAGCUUGGUGAAUGUGAUGUACCAGACGUCUCUCAGACAGUUCCUAGGCUUGUUUGACAUCUCCAUGGAAAAGUCUGUGAAGUCCCAGAUUACCUCCAAGAGGAUCGCUAACAUCAUCGAGUACCUGACGUACGAAGUGUUCAAGUACACGGCCCGUGGGCUUUACGAAAAUCACAAGUUUCUCUUCACGCUGCUGAUGGCCUUGAAAAUAGACUUGCAAGCAAAGAAGAUUUCCCACGAUGAAUUUCAGACGCUAAUCAAAGGAGGCGCAUCUCUGGACCUCAACUCUGUUGAGCCCAAGCCCAAGAAGUGGAUUUUGGACAUGACGUGGCUGAAUCUGGUGCAGCUCUCUCAUAUUUAUCCCUUUACUCAGCUCCUCUCCAAUGUUGCCAAGAAUGAUAAAGGAUGGAAGCAGUGGUUUGAUGAAGAAGCCCCAGAAGAAGCCACCAUUCCCGAUGGCUACGACAAUCAGCUUGAUACUUUCCGGAAGUUGCUGCUCAUUCGCAGUUGGUGUCCAGACAGAACAAUUGCACAGGCUCGCCACUACAUUGCAGAGUCUCUCGGGGUGAGAUACGCAGAAGGUGUCAUUUUAGACAUGGACGGCAUGUGGGCAGAGAGUGACAGCCAGACCCCAAUGAUCUGCUUCCUGUCGAUGGGCUCAGAUCCGACAGAAAACAUUGAGCGUCUCGCUAAAACAAAGAACACUCCAUGCCGCGCCAUUUCAAUGGGCCAAGGUCAGGAGGUCCACGCCAGGCGCCUGCUAAAUCAGAGCAUGCAGGACGGAGGCUGGCUUCUGCUGCAGAACUGCCAUCUGGGCUUGGAUUUCUUAGAUGAGCUCCUGGACACCAUCACCACCGCCGAGACCAUGCAUGAGGGCUGCCGCACCUGGAUCACCACCGAGGUGCACCCCAAAUUCCCAAUCAACCUGCUGCAGUCCUCCAUCAAAUUUACUAAUGAACCGCCUCAAGGUGUCAAAGCUGGCUUGAAGCGGACCUACACCGGCAUUAGCCAGGAGCUCCUGGAUAUCAGCAACAUGCCGCAGUGGAAACCUCUGCUGUACAGCGUGGCCUUCCUGCAUACAACAGUACAAGAGAGACGAAAGUUUGGUCCCCUGGGCUGGAAUAUUCCUUAUGAAUUCAACCAAGCAGACUUCACUGCUAGUGUGCAGUUCGUUCAGAAUCACCUGGACGAGAUGGACAUCAAGCGUGGCGUCAACUGGAGCUGCGUUCGCUAUAUGCUGGGAGAGGUGCAGUACGGUGGCCGUGUCACGGAUGAUCUCGAUAAGCACUUGCUCAACACCUUCUCCCGAGUCUGGUUUGGGGAGAACACCUUCUCUGACAAAUUCUGUUUCUACAAGGGCUACGCUAUUCCUAAAGGCAAAACGAUCCAAGACUGUCUACAGCACAUCGAGCUACUGCCUCUUGUCGACACCCCAGAGGUGUUUGGUCUUCACCCAAAUGCCGAUAUCACGUACCAAACCAACAUGGCCAAUGAGACACUGAGCACAAUUGUGAACAUUCAGCCCAAAGACAGCGGAGGUGGAGGAGGUGAAACCAGAGAGGCCACCGUUCAGCGAUUAGCCGAUGAGAUGCUGGAAAAGCUGCCGCAGGACUACGUACCAUAUGAGGUGAAAGCCCGUCUCCAGAAAAUGGGUUCCAUUCAACCCAUGAAUAUUUUCUUACGGCAAGAAAUUGAUCGUAUGCAGCGUAUCAUCACCAGGGUUCGGAAUACUCUCACCGACCUCAAGCUGGCCAUUGAUGGCACCAUCAUCAUGUCUGAAGAUUUAAGAGAUGCUUUAGACAACAUGUACGAUGCUAGGAUCCCCAAACUGUGGUAUAAAAUCUCUUGGGAAUCGGCCACUUUGGGCUUCUGGUUCACAGAGCUCCUGGAGAGAAACCAACAGUUCCACACCUGGCUGUUUGAAGGGCGACCCAACCAGUUCUGGAUGACAGGAUUCUUUAACCCACAGGGUUUCCUGACAGCAAUGCGUCAAGAGACAACUCGCAUGAACAUAUCCAAAGGCUGGGCCCUGGACAGCGUCGUCCUCUAUAACGACGUGACCAGGAUGAUGAAGGAAGAUGUCACUGGACCUCCCCCAGCUGACAUUGGUGGCGUCUAUAUCUAUGGACUCUUCUUGGAUGGGGCCGGCUGGGACAGAAGAAACACGAAGCUCAUGGAGUCGCCGCCUAAGGUGCUGUUCACCUCCCUGCCGGUGGUUCACGUGUACGCCAUCAGCACCACAGCGCCAUCGGACCCCAAGAAGCAGCAAGGGAAUCUUUAUUUGUGUCCCGUGUACAAGAAGCCACGCCGCACUGAUCUGACGUACAUUUUCUCUUUGUACUUGAAGACGACUCAGGCCGCUGACCACUGGACCCUUCGAGGGGUGGCCCUGUUGUGUGAUUCCAAAUAAAUGUUUGGGUUCUUUGUUCUAUUUAUGUUCACUUAAAGACUGAACAACCUGCAUGCUGUAAAGCUAUUAUAUUUAAAAAGGCAUUGAUCAUGAGAAACUUUCAAAUCAAUAUUACAGUUUACCUUAGUUUUGGCCUCAAAUGGCGUAUCUCUCUCUGCGUCGCUCUCCCAGUUUUUGAUCUCAUUAAGUACAAACGUGAAUCAUUUCAUGGUGGGGCUGGUGGAUGUAGUAUGGAGCCCUGACAUUCAUCAAAUCCAUCAUCGUGUGAACUGAAAAUGCAAACAUUUGGACAACGCUGAUCCUGCUAAUAGGAAAUGGGACACUUGUCUGGGUGAUGAUGGAGCAAAAGGGCAACCAGCACUUCAGACCGAAGUGGCUGUGGUUUGUCCUUCCUUCUGAAUUAUAGCCAGGGCUCUUGAGGGCCGCAGUGGCUCCACGUACCUGCUUCAAUAAAUCAGAACAAAUUUAUUUGUGGUUGAAAACAAUACGCGUUUAGGGCUCCAUUUUAUCUGUUCAUUUUAGUUGUGAACAGUUCCAUUCAGGUUUUAAGUGUUUCCUCCUUUCUCAAGCAGCCACCAGUUCAUAAUGAAAUACAAGUAAUAGGCAGGAACAACAAACUGGUCCAAUUUAAACCUUAAUGUGUGUGCAUCACAAAGAGUCUGUGUUAACAUAAUGUUUAGAAAUAAAUGAGAUGCAACAAAAAGAACGUAAUUGUACAACUCCACAAUAUUUAUGAGGAAUAGCACAAAGAAAAGGAAAUUCUGCCACGUGAUAAAGAGAGAUUUGAUUUGGAAGAACAGCAGCAAGAUCCAUCCAUAUUCAGCAAUUCAGUCUCAAGUAUCAUUAUCAGCAAAGACUGCGUGAAAAUUAGGAAAUGAAAACCUGUGACCCUCCUAGACCGUGAUACAGGACCCCGGUAUUUAGACAAUAUAGUCGUCAUAGACGGAUUCAGUUUGUUACGUUUCUUUUCUGAAGUUGUGAUGGGCGAUUUGCGAAUGAUUCGUUCUUUUUGAACAACUCCUUUCAGCAAAACAUGUGAAUCAAUUUGUGAGUAAGAGUGAAACAAUGCAACUGCAGCAUUUUCAUCAUGCUGUCAACGUCUUUCAUUUUGUUUUAGGUGUUUAAGGUGCAUGUGUAAGGACCACCCCUCUGCUUCCUGGCUCUCUUUUGAGGUCAAACUGAAUCAUUACCAGUCAACGAGCGCUCUCACGGAUGACUCUGUUGUUCAUCACAAUACAGCAACAACACAUUUAUAUCAGCAUGUAUCAGUUGUUUGUUUUGUACUCAUUUGAUUAACAAAUAAAUCAUUACCCGAAAACGAGUCUCACGGUUCUUGAUCAUUUGACUGGUGACUCGAGAAUGAGUUUCACAAUUCUCAUUCAUUUACUUCAUGAAUGAUUCAUUCCCCGACAAUGAGUGUCAUGAUUCUUGUUGUUAAAU